AUGAAGGCUCCGCAAAAUAUCCGAGAAGUGCAGAAGUUAAAUGGCCGCAUCACAGCACUGGGACGCUUUAUCUCUUCAUCAGCUAAAAAACGUUUGCCAUUUUUUAAGCAACUAAGGAAUAUCAAAAAAUUCACUUGGGAUGAAGAUUGUCAGAAAGCGUUUGAAAAUCUGAAGUCUUUCCUGACUCAGACGCCAUUACUAAGUAGACCCAUCGCGGGAGAGAUGACGCUUAAAGGCGCAGAGCUCAACUACCCAACCAUUGACAAAUUGGCGUUAGCUGUAGUGGUUACAACAAAGAAGCUCAAACCAUACUUCCAAGGGCACAUAGUCAUCGUCCGAACAAAUCAACCCCUACGCAAGGCUCUCCAUCGCCCGGAAACAUCCGGGAGACUGGUAAGCUGGUCAGUACAGCUAGGAGUGCACGAUAUCAGAUACGAGCCAAGGAAGACGCUGAAAGCACAGGCACUGGCAGACUUCGUCGCAGAAAUGACUGAGAAACCACCCGACUCAGUCGCAGAGGACAUAACCUGGAACCUGUUCGUGGAUGGAGCUUCCAGUGAACAGGGGGCAGGGGCAGGAAUAGUAUUACUCGGACCUCAGACGGUACUCAUAGAGCAUGCAUUACAUUUGAAGUUGAAAGCUACCAACAAUAUGGCAGGUAUGCGAGUACGCAGAUAUUUUUUCUAUUGCAUAAAAUUACUUAGAUGCUCAUGUCUUGCUGAUGAUGUAGCAGAAUAUGAGGCCUUUCUAACAGGACUCACAUUAGCGAAAGAAGUAAAAGCAGAAAGGCUGAGGAUCCACAGCGACUCCCAGCUGGUUACAAGCCAAAUUUUGGGCCAAUUCCAAACGAAAGAUGCCAACAUGGCAAAAUACAUGGAAAGAGCAAAGGUGAUGCUGAUGGAAAUAGAAAGGAACGGUGGGCAAUGGGAAAUAAUCCCAAUACCCAGAGAAAGAAACAUGCGAGCAGACGCCCUAGCAAAAGCAGCCGCGACAAGAAGUUCUCUGUAUCUCUCACUCUACAUGAAAGAGGAGAGGAUGAGUCCCAUAAUAGACGAGAAAGAAAUUCUACCGAUCACAGAGAUAGAUCCUUGGAUGCAACCCAUUGUCGAAUACCUAAACGAUGGAACAGUCUCAGAAGGAAGAGCAGCAGCAGCGAAACUGGUACGAAUAUCGUCUGUCUACUCCAUGAUAGAAGGUACCUUGUACCGGAUCUCGGUCACACACCCAUGGUCCAAAUGCAUUUCGGUAGAAGACGGAGCUUAUGUACUGAAGGAGAUCCACGAAGGGGAACGUGGAGCACAUGAGGGACCAGCCUCUCUGAGCAGGAAAGCACUACUCCUGGAUAUUAUUGGCCAACUAUGA